CUCCAUAAAAGGGCAAGAGUGAUUCUCCACUCACUCAUCUCCUCCCAGUUCAUUAAAUCCCCAUCCCGAUUCCGCCCGCCAUGGAAUUCUCGUACUCAGCCAUCUUCGCCUCUCUACUCUUCCUUGUCCCCUUGCUCCUCUUCAAAUUCAACCGCAAAUCAAACCCCUCCGGCCCCGCCGCUGCCCCGCCGCCUCCGGGACCCACAAAGCUGCCCAUAAUCGGGAACCUCCACAACCUCGCCGGCGGCUCCCUGCCCCACCACCGCCUCCGGGACCUCGCAAAUAGGUACGGCGGCGUGAUGGGCCUGCAAUUGGGCCAAGUCCCCCACCUGGUCAUAACCUCGGCAGAGGCCGCAAGAGAAGUGAUGAAAACCCACGACGUCGUUUUCGCGCAGCGCCCCAAGAUGCUCGCCGCCGAGAUCCUCAGCUACAACUUCACCGACAUCGCGUUCGCCCCCUACGGCGCCUACUGGCGCCAGCUCCGCAAGAUCUGCGUUCUAGAGCUCCUCAGCGCCAAACGGGUCAAAUCGUUCGGGUCGAUCCGAGAAGAAGAGGUUUCAAACGCGGCUACCCGAAUCGCUGAUUCGGCGGGUCGGGAGUUCAAUUUCAGCAGGAUGCUCUUCUCCCUGACCCACGCGAUCACCGCCAGAGUGGCUUUCGGGAAGAAGUACAAUGGGCAGGACGAAUUCAUUCAGUUGGUGGAGGAUAUCACUCGCGCCGGCGGUGGAUUCAGCCUCGCCGAUUUGUACCCUUCGGUGAAAUUGCUUCAGGUUGUGAGCGGGAUGAGGUCCACGCUUCUCAGGCUGAGAGGUGAAACUGAUCGGAUGCUAGGGAGUAUAAUCGCCGACCAUAGAAGCAAGGGAAGUAAGGAAGAUUCCGCCGCCGGCGAGGUCGAUGAUUUAGUUGAUGUUCUUUUGAAGCUUCAGGGUAAUGGCGAGCCCGAUUUCCCCCUGACCGAUGACAACAUCAAAGCCGUCAUUUUCGAUAUUUUUAUUGCUGGAAGUGAUACUUCAUCGACAACAUUAGAAUGGGCGAUGUCAGAAAUGGUUAAAAAUCACAGAGUUCUUUACGAAGCACAAGCAGAGGUAAGAAAAGUUUUUGGACCAAAAGGGGAAGUGGACGAGACGUUGCUUCAUGAACUACACUAUAUGAGACUAGUCAUCAAGGAGACGCUGAGGCUACAUGCUCCAGUGCCUUUGUUGCUUCCAAGAGAAAAUAAUGAGGAUUGUGAGAUUGACGGGUUUCUGGUAAAGGCAAACACCAAGGUGAUCGUAAACGUGUGGGCGAUGGGGAGGGAUCCAAAAUACUGGAAGGAACCUGAGGAAUUUCGUCCCGAGAGGUUUAUCGACAGUUCAAUUGAUUACAAAGGGUCAGACUUUGAGUUCCUGCCAUUUGGGGCUGGGAGGAGGAUGUGUCCCGGGAUGGUGUUUGGAAUGGCGAAUGUUGAGUUGCCAUUGGCCAAGUUUCUGUAUCAUUUUGAUUGGGAGCUGGCAGGUGGGAUCAAGGCAGGAGAUUUGGACAUGGAAGAGUCGUUUGGAGCCACUCUUACCAGGAAAAAUGACCUGAAAUUAAUUCCGAUCCCAUACCAGCCAAGUUUAUGUUAUACAUAGGAGGAAUAAAUAAAAAAUUAAGGUUGUUGUUACGGUAAUACGCUACACCGGUUGAUUACUAAACUUACCUAAAUAUUCUGGAUAGCCAUAAAUCAUUCUAUUU